GCUAGGACUUCAACACACUGUCAUGCUAGCGGCGACUGACAUAUAAAAAGCCAACUACGUGUCCGAUUUUAUUUUCAACAAUAAAAACAAGCAUUAAACAAAAUGCAUACGGUCUUAACGAGAGGAAACGCUACAGUGGCGUACUCGCUAAGUGUGCUUGCCUGCCUAACAUUCUGCUGCUUUCUCUCAACCGUUUUUCUGGACUACCGAACCGAUGCAAACAUUAGCACCGUUAGGGUGCUGGUCAAGAAUGUGCCUGACUAUGGAGCAUCGCGGGAGAAGCACGAUCUCGGCUUUGUUACUUUUGAUCUUGAAACGAAUCUGACCAGCAUAUUCAACUGGAAUGUGAAGCAGCUGUUCCUAUAUUUAACCGCUGAAUAUCAGUCGCCAACGAAUCAACUGAACCAAGUUGUGCUCUGGGAUAAGAUCAUACUGCGUGGCCAAAACGCUGUACUGGACUUCAAGAACAUGAACACCAAGUACUACUUCUGGGAUGAUGGCAAUGGCCUGAAGGACAACCGCAACGUGUCGCUCUAUUUGUCCUGGAACAUUAUUCCCAAUGCCGGCUUACUGCCUUCCGUACAAGCAACGGGCAGACAUUUGUUCAAAUUCCCAGCGGAGUACGCUUCAAAUAUUUAAGUUUAAGUUGUAAUUUUAUUUGCUUGUAAAACCAAAAUAAAAUUCUUGUAAUUUCUUUA